AUGGCGAGCCGACCCCGUGACUACGACCAUUUGUUCAAGCUCGUCCUCAUCGGCGACUCGGGCGUUGGCAAGUCGUGUCUUCUUCUCCGAUUUUCUGAUGACGCUUUCACGGAGAGCUACAUCACGACUAUCGGCGUGGAUUUCCGGUUCCGCACAAUCAACGUCGACAGCGAGGUUGUCAAGCUCCAGAUUUGGGACACAGCUGGCCAAGAGCGUUUUCGCACCAUCACAAGCGCGUACUACCGCGGCGCAGACGGCAUCGUGUUGGUCUACGACGUCACCGAUCGCGAGUCCUUCAGCCACGUCGACGAGUGGCUCGCGGAAGUCAAUCGGUACGCGAACGAGAAUACGUGUAAAAUUCUGGUGGGCAACAAAUGCGAAAAAUCAGACGACCGUCAAGUCUCCACUGAGGAGGGACAACGGAAGGCAGAGGAACUUGGUAUCGCGUUCAUCGAGACGUCGGCGAAGAACGCCAUCAACGUGGACGAGGCAUUCACUGUCGUUGCGAGGGAGCUGAUCAAAAUGAAGCAAUCGGCCGGCGCCGCCGCCGCUCGUAGUGGGCCGCAGGGAAUGAGAAUUGCGAGUCAGCCCUCAGGAGCCGAAGGUCGCGCCAUGGCUCAACGGAGCGGCAACUGCGCAUGCUGA